AUGUCGGGCUAUCCAGCCGGUGGCCACCAGGACUACGAUGACGGCUACGGCCAGCAGCGUGGUCAACAGGGAAACCAGCAAGGUAGCACUGCAAACGAUGGGUACUAUCAGGACAAUAACGACCAGUACUAUUACGACAACCAAGGCUACGACACUCGUGGUGGCCAACAGGGCAACGAUGGGUACUACGACGAAUCGGGCUAUUACAAUGCUGACCCCAACAAUCCCUAUCAGCAAGAUGGCGGUUACUACGACGGCCAGGACCAGUACCAGGAUGACUACUACAAUGGACACAAUGGCCAGCAGGGACAAGGGGCGUACUACGACCAGGACUAUAACCAGGGCUACGGCUCAGGUGGCCGACGUCAGGGUUCUGAAGAGGACUCUGAAACCUUCAGCGACUUCACAAUGAGGUCCGACAUGGCUCGAGCCACCGAUAUGGACUACUACGGUCGUGGAGAUGAGCGCUCCAACAGCUACGGCGCUGAUCCCUCGGGCGGUCGCGGGUACAGGCCUCCCUCGUCUCAGAUCUCGUACGGCGGCAAUCGCUCUUCUGGCGCCUCAACUCCCAACUACGGCAUGGACUACAGCAACGCCCUUCCUGCUGGGCAGCGAUCUCGUGAGCCGUAUCCUGCUUGGACUUCGGAUGCCCAGAUCCCGCUCUCCAAGGAAGAGGUUGAGGACAUCUUCCUGGAUCUGACCGCCAAGUUUGGUUUCCAGCGUGACAGCAUGCGCAACAUGUACGAUCACCUCAUGACUUUGCUAGAUUCGCGUGCUUCUCGCAUGACCCCCAACCAAGCGCUCCUGUCCCUUCACGCAGACUAUAUCGGCGGAGACAACGCCAACUACCGCAAGUGGUACUUCGCCGCUCACCUCGACCUCGACGACGCUGUCGGUUUCGCCAACGUGAAGGGCAAGGGUCUCAAGCGUAAGAACAAGAAGAAUAAGAAGAGCAAGGACCAGACCGAGGAUGAGGCGCUGGCCGACCUUGAAAACGACGACAGCCUCGAGGCUGCUGAGUACCGCUGGAAGACCCGCAUGAACCGCAUGUCACAACACGAUCGCACCCGCCAGAUCGCCUUGUAUCUGCUGUGUUGGGGCGAGGCGAACCAGGUUCGCUUCAUGCCUGAAUGUCUCUGCUUCAUCUUCAAGUGUGCGGAUGACUAUCUCAACUCUCCGGCUUGCCAGAACCUGGUUGAACCUGUUGAAGAGUUCACCUUCCUGAACAAUGUCAUCACGCCUCUAUAUCAGUAUUGCAGGGAGCAGGGCUACGAGAUCUCGGAUGGCGUUUACGUGCGCCGGGAACGUGAUCACCAUCAAAUUAUUGGCUACGAUGAUUGCAACCAAUUAUUCUGGUAUCCCGAGGGCAUCGAGCGCAUUGUCCUUGGCGACAAGUCCCGCUUGGUUGACCUCGCCCCUGCCGAACGCUAUCUCAAGUUCGCAGAGAUCAACUGGCCCAAAUGCUUCUUCAAGACAUACAAGGAGUCCAGGUCAUGGUUCCAUUUGCUUGUUAACUUCAACCGCAUCUGGAUCAUUCACCUUACCAUGUUCUGGUUCUACACCUCUUUCAACGCACCAAGUCUGAUCAUCGGACCAUCUUACGAACAACAAGUCGACCAAGACCCUGUUGCUUCCAAGUACUGGUCUGUUGUCGCUCUGGGUGGCAGCAUUGCCUCCCUGAUCCAAAUUUUCGCCACACUUGCUGAAUGGGCUUACGUCCCUCGCCGCUGGGCUGGAGCGCAGCAUCUGACCAAGCGACUACUCUUCCUAAUAUUGAUCUUCGCCAUCAACAUUGGUCCGAGUGUCUACAUCUUGUUCGUCGCCACAGCUGCACAGGAAAAGAUUGCCAAAAUUCUGGGCAUCGUCCAAUUCUUGGUCGCCGUCUUCACUUUCCUCUUUUUCGCCGUUAUGCCGCUGGGAGGCCUGUUCGGCAGCUAUUUGACCAAGAACUCCCGGAAGUACGUGGCCAGCCAAACCUUCACCGCAAGCUACCCUCGCCUCAAGGGCAAUGCUCUCGCGAUGUCCUACGGCCUCUGGGCCGCUAUUUUUGGCGUCAAGCUUGGCGUGUCAUAUGCCUAUCUGGCCCUGUCGUUCAGGGAUCCGAUUAAAUACCUUUUCAUCAUGAAGCUCAAGUGCCAGGGCGAUUCCCUGUUCGGCACUGGCAUGGCCGAUGUCCUCUGCAAGCAGCAGGGUAUCAUUCUGCUGGGCUUGAUGGCAUUCACUGAUGUUAUUUUCUUCUUCUUGGACACCUAUCUGUGGUACGUGUUGAUGAACACCCUGUUUUCCAUCGCUCGAUCAUUCUACAUCGGUUCUUCGAUUUGGACGCCUUGGAGGAAUAUUUUCUCCCGCCUUCCUAAGCGCAUUUACUCGAAGGUACUGGCCACCACGGACAUGGAGAUCAAGUACAAGCCCAAGGUCCUGAUCUCCCAGGUCUGGAAUGCCAUCGUCAUCUCCAUGUACCGGGAGCACCUGCUUGCUAUCGACCACGUUCAGAAGUUGCUGUACCAUCAGGUCCCUUCCGAACAGGAGGGCAAGCGAACCCUUCGAGCCCCUACCUUCUUCGUCUCACAGGAGGACAAGUCUUUCAGCACUGAAUUCUUCCCCGCUGAUAGCGAGGCUGAACGUCGCCUGUCUUUCUUCGCCCAGUCGCUUUCCACCCCGAUUCCAGAGCCUCUGCCUGUGGAUAACAUGCCGACAUUCUCCGUUCUCAUCCCCCACUAUAGCGAGAAGAUUUUGCUCUCACUUCGCGAGAUCAUUCGGGAAGAUGAGCCGUACUCCCGUGUUACUCUGCUCGAAUACCUCAAGCAGCUUCAUCCUCACGAGUGGGACUGCUUUGUCAAAGACACCAAAAUCCUCGCCGAUGAAACCUCUCAAUUCAACGGCGAGCUGGAGAAGCCAGAGAAGGAUGCCGCCAAGAGCAAGAUCGACGACUUGCCCUUCUACUGCAUCGGCUUCAAAUCUUCUGCCCCCGAAUACACACUCCGCACUCGUAUUUGGGCCUCGCUUCGCUCUCAAACACUGUACCGCACGAUUUCUGGUUUCAUGAACUACAGCCGCGCCAUCAAGCUUUUGUAUCGUGUUGAGAACCCCGAAGUGGUUCAGAUGUUCGGUGGCAACUCUGACAAGCUCGAGCGUGAGCUUGAGCGCAUGGCGCGCCGCAAGUUCAAAAUCAUUGUCUCUAUGCAGCGUUACGCGAAGUUCAAGAAGGAGGAGAUGGAGAACACUGAGUUCCUGCUCCGCGCCUACCCUGACCUGCAAAUUGCUUACCUGGACGAAGAAUUGCCCGUUGCUGAGGGUGAAGAGCCGCGCCUCUACUCCGCUUUGAUUGACGGACAUUCUGAAAUCAUGGAGAAUGGCAUGAGAAGACCCAAGUUCCGUAUUCAGCUUUCUGGCAACCCUGUCCUUGGAGACGGCAAAUCAGACAACCAGAACCACUCCAUCAUCUUCUAUCGCGGCGAAUACAUCCAGCUGAUUGACGCCAACCAAGACAACUACCUUGAGGAGUGUCUCAAGAUUCGCAGCGUCCUAGCCGAAUUCGAGGAAAUGAAGACCGAUACGGCCUCGCCCUACACCCCUGGCGUCAAGAGCAAAGCAUUCUCUCCUGUUGCUAUCCUGGGCGCUCGCGAGUAUAUUUUCUCAGAGAACAUCGGCAUCCUUGGUGAUGUUGCCGCUGGCAAGGAGCAGACGUUCGGCACGCUAUUUGCACGUACUUUGGCUGAAAUUGGCGGCAAGCUACACUAUGGGCACCCCGAUUUCCUCAAUGGUAUCUUCAUGACCACCCGAGGUGGAGUUUCCAAAGCUCAGAAGGGUCUACAUCUGAACGAGGAUAUCUACGCUGGUAUGCAAGCUGUCAUUCGUGGUGGUCGUAUCAAACACUGCGAAUACUAUCAGUGCGGCAAGGGUCGUGAUCUGGGUUUCGGAUCGAUUCUGAACUUCGUCACCAAGAUCGGUACCGGUAUGGGAGAACAAAUGCUUUCGAGAGAGUAUUAUUAUCUUGGUACACAACUCCCUCUUGACAGGUUCUUGUCCUUCUACUACGCCCACGCUGGAUUUCACAUCAACAACAUGUUCAUCAUGUUGUCCAUUCAGAUGUUCAUGAUCUGCCUGCUCAACUUGGGCGCCCUUCGCCACGAAACCAUUCCUUGCAAUUACAACCGAGACGUUCCUCCCACCGACGCUCUUUUUCCUACUGGCUGCGCCAACACGGACGCGAUUCAGGACUGGGUCUACCGCAGUAUUUUGUCGAUUAUUUUCGUCAUUUUCUUGUCUUUUGUCCCCCUGUUCGUGCAAGAGCUCACGGAACGAGGAUUUUGGAGGGCUGCCAAACGUCUGUCAAAGCAAAUUUGCUCGCUCUCGCCGUUCUUCGAGGUCUUCGUUUGCCAAAUUUACGCCAAUUCGGUCCAACAAGAUCUGUCGUUUGGCGGCGCUCGGUACAUCGGUACUGGUCGUGGGUUUGCCACCGCUCGCAUUCCUUUUGGUGUUCUCUAUUCCCGCUUCGCCGGCCCUUCCAUCUACUUUGGCUCUCGACUCCUCAUGAUGCUCCUAUUCGCCACGGUCACCAUCUGGCAGGCGGCUUUGACCUAUUUCUGGAUCACCCUGAUGGCGUUGGUCAUCUCUCCCUUCCUCUAUAACCCUCACCAGUUCGCUUGGAGUGAUUUCUUCAUCGACUAUCGCGACUUUCUACGCUGGCUCUCGCGCGGUAAUUCACGGUCACACGCAUCCUCGUGGAUUGCUUUCUGCCGACUUUCCAGGACGCGUAUUACUGGUUAUAAGCGCAAGGCACUCGGCGACCCAUCCGGCAAGAUGUCCGCCGAUGUGCCUCGCGCCGCAAUCGCCAACCUCUUCUGGGGCGAAAUUGCCUGGCCGUUCGUGCUGGUUCUUGUGACGGUUGUCCCGUUUCUCUACAUCAACGCGCAAACUGGAGUAAACGAGGAUAACAAUCCUAACGUCACAAUCGCACCGACGAGCUCGUUGAUCAGGAUCGGCGUCAUCGCUUUGGCGCCACUUGCCAUUAAUGCGGGCGCGCUGCUUGUAUUCUUCUGCAUGGCAUGUUUCAUGGGUCCUCUUCUCAGCAUGUGCUGCAAAAAGUUCGGCAGCGUUCUAGCCGCUAUUGCUCACGCAAUCGCAGUCAUCAUGCUUCUGGUUUUCUUCGAAGUCUUGUUCGUGCUGGAGAGCUUCAACUUUGCUAGAACUCUGUGCGGAAUGAUCGCCGUUGUAGCUAUCCAGCGGUUCAUCUUCAAGCUCAUUGUCUCGUUGACAUUGACGCGCGAGAUCAAGACUGACCAGUCUAACAUCGCAUUCUGGACAGGAAAAUGGUAUUCCAUGGGUUGGCACUCGGUUUCCCAACCAGCCCGCGAAUUCCUCUGCAAAAUCACUGAGCUGAGCAUGUUUGCGGCCGAUUUCGUGCUCGGCCACACACUGCUAUUCUUCAUGUUGCCCUUGAUCCUGAUUCCGAAAAUCGAUAUGCUUCAUUCUAUUAUGCUGUUUUGGCUGCGGCCCAGCCGCCAAAUCCGUCCGCCCAUCUACUCGAUGAAGCAAUCAAAGCUUAGGCGCAAGCGUGUUUUCCGCUAUGCUGUGCUCUACUUUGUCAUGUUUGUCGUCUUUGUGGCUUUGAUCGCUGGACCUGUUGUUGUCGGCAACCUGGAUGUCCUGGACCCUGAAAAGCAGUUUGGAAACCUGGUCAGUGGCAUGAAACUGGUCCAGCCGAACGGGCUUGACCAUGAUGACACACGAAAUGAGACCGAGACGGGCCCCAAGGGUGACGACUACACCGGAGUCGCCCUGACAAUUUCCACGUUCUCGCUCGGCGGCAACGCUCGGGCGACAAGGGGCGCCAACGACAGGAUGGUCCGUCUUCUUUAA